AUGGCUCCUCCGUUGGCAAGUCAAAUUGAAUUCACUCUUUUUGCACCAAAUAUCAACUCAGUUUCACUUAUCGGCUCCUUCUCCGCUUGGCAAGGAAUUCCAAUGAGGAAGUUCAACGACGGACAAUGGCGUCUCAAUGUCAGUCUUGAAGACGGUGAAUAUGAAUACGCCUUUCGAUUACAACCAAUUGUAAUUGAGAAGCGAAAAAAUGGCAAGAAAGAACCAGUGCAAUUAAAUAAAUUUCAAGAUGUGAUUGAUCCAUAUGCAAUGAAAGUCAAUCUAUCGAAAAACGUUGGUGUUGUAACAAUUAAGAAUGGAAUGAAGAUUAUCGAUGAGUAUGAAUGGAAGUAUGAUAAUGAAGCAGUGAAUUUUCCACAAAACAAAGAUCUGGUGAUCUAUGAACUGUACAUUGGUGAUUUCACCGAAAAAGGAACAUUUCAAGCAGCCAUUGACAAAUUGGACUACCUUGUUAUUUUGGGCAUCAAUUGUAUAUCAUUAUUGCCAAUUGCAGAAGAUGGCGAAGAGCACAGUUGGGGCUAUGCUAUUCGUCAUUUCUUCUGUAUUCGAUCAGCAUACGGUACAUCAGAAGAUUUGAAACACUUUGUUGACGAAUGUCACCAUCGCAGAAUACGUGUGAUCUUCGAUGCAAUUUGUAAUCAUGCUCAAGGUGAAUGUCCUCUCUAUCAAAUAGAUCCAACACCUUACUUCUAUUGGAAUCAAAUACAUCAUCCAGAACAUCCAGAAGAACAUUGGGGACCAGAAUUCAAUUAUGAGAAAAUUGAAGCAGAAGAAGAUAAAUGGACUAGAGACGUUAAACCAGCAGUACAGUUCAUGAGCGAUUUAUUGAGAUAUUACAUUGAAGAGUUUCAUAUCGAUGGUCUUCGAUUUGACGCUGCAAAACAAAUAGACAAUUAUGAUGUUCUUCGUUAUUUCGAUCGAUUUGCAAAAGAAAUAAUCAAAACAAAGUUCAAUUCAAAACCAUUCUAUACUAUAGCUGAAUUAAUACCAGCAACAGAUUCGGUUACAAAGCCACAUGGUCCUCUCGACAGUGUAUGGCGAAAUAUAUCUCACCAAUUGGUUAAACAGCUUAAAAAUAAAGACGAUUUCAAUCUGAAGUCACUUGAAACUCUGCUCAGACCAAUAGGAGUUGGCAGAGACGAACAGUAUGAGACAGGUGAACGAUUCAUCAUAUAUUUGUCAUCACACGAUAAUGAUCGAAUGCUGAGAGUGGUUCGAGGUGAAGAGAGCAAUGAUAAUUUAUUAGAUGAAACAUUGUGGCGACAAGUGAAAUUGGCGAUAACUCUUCUAUUUACGGCAACAGGUGUGCCAAUGGUAUAUAUGGGCGAUGAAAUUGGAAUGGCAAAUGAGAUAGGUAAAGAAGAUAAGACAACGAGAGUGAACAAACUUGAUUGGUCUCUAAUCACACGCCAACCAAAUUGUUCACUAUUAGAAUUAAUUCAAUCUCUAAUCAGACUUCGUCAUCAUUCAGCUGCAAUACGUAGUGACAAUCUUAACGUGUUUCAUGCGGAUGUGGAAAGACAAGUAUUAGCUUAUGAACGUUGGUCAUCUGAAAAUGAAGAUGAUCGUGUGGUGGUUAUAGCAAAUUUUUCGAAAAAUGAAUAUAAAGGUUACAAAGUGAUAAACUGGCAUAUGGUUGGCCGAUGGGAACAAGUUCUUGGUACAUCUUAUAUUCAAGUUGCAACAACACAUUUGAUAUUAAAUUUGAGUGCACAUGAGGGAAUAGUGUUUAUGUAUAAAAGCAAAUGA